CUCUGCACAUUUAUGAAUACAAAUGUACACCUGUAUCCUCCUAUAGAAACAGACGGGCACAUGUUGUUGUCUCUCGGGGUGGUUGUAUGGUGCUGGGGAUUGUUGAGCCGGAGACCGAUGCUGCGCCGCCAGGGCAUGCCCAAAGGCCGCUGUUGCGUUUUGUUCAGUGACCUGAAGGUUUUCUUACUCAGACCGCCGGUCCGCUCCGCCACCGCGAUCAUCCCCAUGAACGGACAAUACACGGACAGCAAUGGGUCCGGCACCGGCAAUGAUCCUCAUUCUGCCGGGACAAACGAGCCUAAAGCAACAGAGGAAUGGCUGCAUGCUACGGGACAGACUGGACCCCUGGACUAUGGCAGCUCUGAGGAGGACUGCUCCAAAGAGAAGUGUGAGGAGAGAUUCUCCCUGAACAGUCGCACAGACAGUGGUGUUAGGACUCCCCAGUGCAGGAUAUGUUUCCAAGGUCCAGAACAGGGGGAGCUGCUGAGCCCGUGUCGCUGCAGUGGGUCGGUCCGCUGUACCCAUGAGCCCUGCCUCAUCAAGUGGAUCAGUGAGAGAGGCUCCUGGAGCUGUGAGCUCUGCUACUACAAGUACCACGUCAUCGCCAUCAGCACCAACAACCCACUACAGUGGCAGGCCAUCUCUCUGACAGUGAUAGAGAAGGUCCAGAUAGCUGCGGCCGUGUUGGGCACCCUGUUCCUCAUGGCCUCUAUCUCCUGGCUGGUGUGGUCCUCCCUCAGUCCCUCGGCCAAGUGGCAGCGCCAGGACCUGCUCUUCCAGAUCUGCUACGCCAUGUACGGAUUCAUGGACCUCGUCUGCAUCGCGCUGAUCGUCCAUGAAGGACCCUCAGUGUUCAGGAUCUUUAACCGCUGGCAGGCUGUGAACCAGCAGUGGAAGGUGCUCAACUACGACAAGAUCAAAGACACUGAGGACCACCAGAAAUCCAGGCUCACGCCCAGACACCUGGCCCUGCCCAACCCCAGGACGAGUGCUCCUCCCGGGUCAGGGCCGGGGAUGCAUGAGCUUCCCCCCUCCACCUCCUCCCUCAUGGCCGCAGUGGCUGCCUCCGCGCCGGGCUAUACCGCGACCACAACCGCCAGCCUGACGACGGUGACGACGCAGGACUCAAUGUCGGAGCAGAGCCACGGGGGGCCACCAUCCCUGCCGGACCACCACUGUGCGUACAACAUCCUCCACCUGCUCACCCAGCACCUCUGGACGACGCAGCAGGAGCCCCGCGCCACUCAGGUCCAGCCCCAGCCUCCGCAGCCCAGCAACAGCAGCCGGGAGCUGGUCAUGAGAGUCACUACGGUCUGAGGCUUCAACUGAGGCCUAACUUUUUGUUACAUUACAACAACGAGAGAGACAGAGAGGUGUGUGGCCUCGUUUGGGAGUUUGAAUGGAGGACUUGGAGACGUUGCUGCUGCUUCACAGAGAAAUGUACAUGAAGGGACUCAAUGCUGCCUGGGACAGAAAGAUGAGGGAGCGAGGG